AUGAGGUAUUGAUUGAACUGGACAGAGAAUGCAAGGCUCUGGCGGAAGCUUGGAACGACUUCAAGUUGCAGCUCCCAGAGACUGACAGACGACUGCCUAUUUAUCAAGGUGUUCCGGAUAUUUGGACCGUGAAGAAAACUGUGGCAUUAGUACAGCAGGAAUGGGAAGGGAAAAAAGAAAAGGGGUUUGGAAAGGCGAAGGACUAUUUCUACUCCUUUUGUGAAACUCUCGACACCCAUUCACAAAUGUUUCGAUUUUUCCCACAAGGCGAUAAGUACACGUGUUUGUUUACAGGAGUCAUAUCUUCCAUUGUGAAGGUACGGGAUCCCUCAAUAGGGUGAAGAGGGGGGCGUAUGAGGCUAAUAAUAACAGGCAUCGGCUCGACAUCAUGAGACCGCUGAAGGGCUAUCACAAGCGCUUGCCGAGAUAAGUGAUGAUAUGAGAUUCAUCAGAAAACAAGGUGCAAUUCAUUGCACUGAUUCUAUGAAAAAGCUCAUCGUCAAAUUGUACAUCAAGUAUUUCCAUUUCCUGUGCGAAGCCAUGAAGUGGUACACUUCCUCGGCUAGACGAUUGAGAAAAGCUUUCAAUCAGAAAUUCUACACGGACGAUGUUGAGAAAAAGGUCACAGUCAUCAAGGGUAUUGUCAGCCAAAUAGUGAGAGAGGCAACACUUGAAGACCAAGGAAUCACACGAAGAAAUAACGAUACUACGAAUGCAAUCCAUGACCAACUUCAGGAUGUUACGGAAAAAUUGAAAAGGCUCGAGAUGUUAUUUGGAAGGGUUGGGGAGUCGGGCCAAAUUAUGCUUAUCUCCACUGGAAGCAGAAUGCUUUACGAAGAGGGUACAUUUAUCAAUGUCAGUUCGGGAAAACAGACAUUAGCUAUUGCAGAUACCGAGCACCUUAACAAAUACAAUCCUGGUAAGCAAAACUACCGCCUGGGUUUAACUGUACUGACACUCAUAAAGAGGCGUCGAGGCGUAGCAGAGCAGAACUACAGUUUGAAUCGCGUGACCUCGAGAAAUACAUCGUAAAGCCAGCUCCACCUUCAUCUACAGGAUUGGAAACUUCACAGGUUGCUGGAGAAAUAAUUACACGCCUCCAAUCGUGGAUAUCAGCAGCUACUUCGCAAUCCUUGUGGAUUAUAGGUAGAUCCGGCCUUCCAUCUGAGUCCUCAACUGCGGCUUCUCAUGUUGCCACAAUAACAACAGAUGCAGAUAUACCUGUGCUUUCAUAUUUCCUUCAUCCACAAAGUUUCGGAUCAUUCACGCCCGGGGUGUCAGUAGAGAGUCGUGCCGAAGAACAUUUGAUCGCCUUGCUAUAUUCUUUAACUCGUCAACUCAUUUGUGUCGCACCUGAAGUUAUCGAAGGUCCGCAUGCAAUCCGAUCCAGUCUUUCCCUUCUCGAUGGAACACCACAAAGUAUUCCUACGGCUCUUAAUCUCAUUCGAGAUCUCCUAGCAUUGGGGCCUCCACUUCUACUCUGUGUAAUCGAUGGUCUUCAACUCCUAGAUCAUCCCAAUACCAUCGACCCCAUGGAUAAACUCCUGGUUAUACUCGCAGAUGGCUCUAAAGAACGGGUGGUAAAGAUACUGUUGACGACUAACGGCUUCUGUUCUGCUGGUAAAAAUGUUGCUUUCUCUGAUCGGUUGGAUUGUAGGACACUGCCUAGGGAGAGGCCUGGUAGACCUUCUCCCGGAAGUCGCUCACUUCAAAGGCUUCAUACUCCAUGACCAUGUUAUAUCGGAACAACUAGUAAUUACACUACAAGAUAC